ACCGGAAUGCAUACCAGUCGACCGCCUCGAAUUGAAAUCCCGCCGUCGUCGUCUACUGUGCGGGUGCGCGCAAUUGACACUACUACGAACAUAAUUUGCCACUCUCGAGCAUUCCUAGAGCCAGAGAUACAAACCCACCCACAUCUCAACCUGAAGACUUUCUGCUUCUUGAUCGACCACCUCGAAUCGGGUAAAAAGGUGCUGUUCGACGCUGGUGCACGCGUUGAUCUCGAAAACCUCCCGCCGAAAGUUAGAGAUGGAAUUGCUGGUAAAGUCAAAUCUGUCCAAGUCACUAGUGGGGUAGAAGAUAUUCUUCAGAGCGCUGGGAUUAGUCCUGCAGCCAUUCACACGGUUGUAUGGAGCCAUUGGCAUUGGGACCAUAUCGGCGACAUCUCGAAGUUCCCGCCGACUACCACCCUGGUUGUCGGCCCAAGCUUUAGGCAGGAAUUUACAGUGGGAUGGCCAGAAGACCCCGAUGGCGUGCUUCGAACAAGCGAUCUUUCGUCUCAUAGCAUCAGAGAGAUAUCUUUCGAAUCAUCGUUCCAGAUUGGUGACUUCAAGGCUCAUGAUUUCUUCGGCGAUGGAUCUUUUUAUCUCUUAAGCCUACCAGGGCAUGCAAUUGGACAUCUAGGAGCCCUCUGCCGCACGAGCCCUGAGACGUUCAUUCUUCUCGGUGCCGACGCCUGUCAUUUUCUCGGGGCAAUGCGUCCCACAACUCACCACCCUCUGUCCGACGAGUUCCUAGAACCUGCACAAUUGCGAAAGGUUUCAUCGUGUCUCUGCAGCCUAUUUACCCGCUCUCAUUCCAGAACAGCUCCCGGUGAAGAAUCUGAAAAUAUGAGUGACGAACUGGCGCGGCGAACCCCAUUUUACGGCAUCAGCCGACACCCGGACAGCGUCUUCAUGGCCCCUGAUGUAGCGCAACGUACAGUACAGUCUUUGCAGGCCUUUGAUGCUGACCAAAACAUGUUUCUUUGCUUUGCGCAUGACGGUGGCUUGGCUCACGUGGUGCCAUUACUAAAUAAUGAACCUGACGCUGAUCUCAAUUCAUGGAAGUCAUUGGGAUACAAGCAGGCAGGGAUGUGGCAAUUCCUGGAGGAUCUCUGGCCCUCUUCUAUUUAG